AUGGGGCCCAAGACACCCCCACAGCUCCCUGGGAAAUGGCAAGUGCUGUGCAUGUUGUCCUUGUGCUGCUGGGGCUGGGUGUCUGGGCAGCUUCGUUACUCAGUGGUGGAGGAGUCUGAGCCGGGGACGCUGGUGGGGAAUGUUGCUCAGGAUCUGGGCUUAAAGAUGACAGAUCUGUCAAGCCGCCGACUGCGGCUGGGCUCUGAGGAGAAUGGGCGUUAUUUUUCCCUGAGCUUGGUAAGUGGUGCUCUGGCAGUGAAUCAAAAGAUUGACCGCGAGAGCCUGUGUGGAGCCAGCACCAGUUGCCUGAUGCCAGUGCAGGUGGUGACUGAACACCCCUUGGAACUAAUUCGAGUAGAAGUAGAGAUCCUAGAUCUCAAUGACAACUCUCCCAGCUUUGCCACCUCUCAGCGAGAGAUGCGCAUCUCAGAAUCAGCUGCACCUGGGGCUCGAUUCCCACUGGAUAGUGCCCAGGAUCCAGACGUGGGCACCAAUACUGUGAGCUUCUACACUCUAAGCCUCAGUGACCAUUUCUCACUGAAUGUGAAGACCCUGAAAGAUGGAAAGCUGUUCCCAGAGCUGGUGCUAGAGCAGCAACUGGACCGAGAAACCCAGGCCAGACAUCAGCUGGUGCUCACUGCUGUGGAUGGGGGCACCCCAGCCCGCUCAGGGACCACCCUCAUCUCUGUCACUGUGCUGGAUGUCAAUGACAACGCUCCAACCUUCCAGUCCUCAGUUCUGCGUGUGGGCCUCCCAGAGAAUGCACCCAUAGGUACACUGCUGCUCUACCUCAAUGCCACCGAUCCAGAUGAAGGGACCAAUGGCCAACUAGACUAUUCUUUCGGGGAUCAUACAUCAGAGGCAGUGCGGAAUCUCUUUGGCCUAGAUCCCAGCAGUGGAGCAAUCCAUGUGUUGGGUCCCAUCGACUUUGAGGACUCAAGUUUCUACGAAAUUCAUGCAAGAGCUCGUGACCAUGGACAGCCAGCCAUGGAGGGCCACUGUGUGAUCCAGGUUGAUGUGGGGGAUGCCAAUGACAAUGCCCCAGAGGUUCUGCUGGCUUCCUUGGUCAACCCUGUCCUGGAGAGCACAUCAGUAGGCACAGUCGUGGGGCUGUUUAACGUGCGGGACCGAGACUCGGGUAGAAAUGGUGAGGUGAGCCUUGCUAUCUCUCCAGACCUGCCAUUUCAGAUCAAGCCAUCUGAGAACCACUACUCAUUGCUAACCAGCCAGCCCUUGGACCGAGAGACUACAUCACAGUAUAUCAUUGAGCUUCGGGCCAGUGAUGCUGGCUCACCUCCCCUGCACACACACCUCACCAUCAGGCUCAACAUUUCAGACAUUAAUGACAAUGCACCUCACUUCACCCAGCAGCUCUACACAGCUUAUAUACCAGAAAACCAGCCCCCCGGCUCUCUUCUCUGCACUGUGGCUGCCGUGGACCCAGACACUGGAGAUAAUGCCCGCCUCAUCUACUCCAUCAUAGGGAGUCUGACCCAGGGAUCCCCUGCCUCCUCCUUUGUGUAUGUCAACCCUGAGGAUGGGCGAGUCUUUGCUCAGCAUACCUUUGACUAUGAACAGCUGCAGAUGCUGCAGAUAGUGGUGGGCGUUCGAGACUCUGGCUCUCCCCCACUGCACGCCAAUACGUCUCUGCAUGUGUUUGUUCUGGACCAGAAUGACAAUGCUCCAGCUGUGCUGCACCCCCGGCCUGGCUGGGAAUUCUCAGCCCCUCAGCGGCUUCCUCGCUCUGCCCCUCCUGGAUCCUUGGUCACCAAGGUGACAGCUGUGGAUGCUGAUGCAGGCCACAACGCGUGGCUGUCCUAUUCACUGUUGCCACAGUCCACGACCCCAGGACUGUUCUUGGUGUCUGCACACACGGGGGAGGUGCGCACAGCCCGGUCCUUGCUGGAAGAUGACUCUGCCACCCAGAGGGUGGUAGUCCUGGUGAGGGACAAUGGCGACCCUUCACUCUCCUCUACAGCCACAGUGCUGCUGGCUCUGGAGGAUGAGGACCCUGAGGAAAUGCCCAAGUCCAGUGACUUCCUCACAAACCCGCCUGAGCGUUCAGACCUUACCCUUUACCUCAUUGUGGCCCUGGCGACCAUCAGUGUCUUAGCCUUAGUCACCUUCACCUUUCUGUCAGCUAAGUGCCUUUGUGGGCGUGCAGAUGGGGACGAGGGCGGGGGACAGUGCUGCAGGGGCCAGGACUCGCCCUCUCGGGACUUUUAUAAGCAGUCCAGCCCCAACCUGCAGGUGAGCUCAGAUGGCACGCUCAAGUAUAUGGAAGUGACGCUGCGGCCCACGGACUCACAGAGCCAUUGCUACCGGACGUGCUUUUCGCCAGCCUCGGACGGCAGUGACUUCACCUUUCUCAGGCCCCUCAGUGUCCAGCAGCCCUCAGCCCUGGCAUUAGAGCCCGAUGCCUUCCGGUCCCGCUCUAAUACUCUGCUGGAGCGGAGCCAGCAAGCCCCACCCAACACGGACUGGCGUUUCUCUCAGGCCCAGAGACCUGGCACCAGCGGUUCCCAAAAUGGCGAUGAAACUGGCACCUGGCCCAACAACCAGUUUGACACAGAGAUGCUUCAAGCCAUGAUCUUAGCCUCUGCCAGUGAAGCUGCUGACGGGAGCUCCACCUUGGGAGGGGGCGCUGGCACCAUGGGCCUGAGUGCCCGAUAUGGGCCCCAGUUUACUCUGCAGCACGUGCCUGACUACCGCCAGAACGUCUACAUCCCCGGCAGCAAUGCCACACUGACCAACGCAGCUGGCAAGCGAGAUGGCAAGGCUCCGGCAAGUGGCAAUGGCAACAAGAAGAAAUCGGGCAAGAAAGAGAAGAAGUAA